CCGUCACCGCGUCCGAAAUACAGGCAAGAUGACGAACCUUCGGACGCAGAAGCGCCUCGCCGCCACCGUCGUCGGCUGCGGCCAGCGCAAGAUCUGGCUCGACCCCAACGAAGUCAGCGAGAUCAGCAAUGCCAACUCCCGCCAGACGAUCCGCAAGCUGGUCGCCGACGGCCUCAUCAUCGAGAAGCCCGUCACCAUGCACUCGCGGUCGCGCGCGAGGGCCCUGUCUGAGGCGAGGAGGAUCGGUCGUCAUCGAGGUUACGGAAAGAGGAAGGGUACUGCGGACGCGAGGAUGCCCAGUGCCGUUCUCUGGAUGAGACGUCUCCGUGUCCUUCGUCGAUUGCUCGUCAAGUACCGUGCCAGCGGGAAGAUCGACAAGCACCUCUACCACGAGCUCUACCACCUGAGCAAGGGUAACACCUUCAAGCACAAGCGUGCCCUCGUGGAGCACAUCCACAAGGCCAAGGCCGAGGCCCACCGUGAGCGACUCCUCAAGGAGGAGAUGGACGCCAAGAGGGCGAAGACCAAGGCGGCCCGGGAGCGAAGACAGGAGAGGAUCGUGGAGAAGAGGAAUGCGCUGAUGGCUGAUGAACCGGAGGAGAAGUAAGGAGAGCAAAAUUCGUCACGGUACUUCUUACGUAGAUGCGGUCAUUGAGCAUAAGGCAUGAGGCUUGCGUCUGGGACUCAUAAAUGGGUACAUUCAAUGGUGUUCACGUUGUCAUUCUAUCUGGAAAAUUAAGGAUUGCUCUUAUCAAUUUCGAAUGAUCAUCAAGUGAAUCUGACGCCAUCUACU